AUGAUUGCAAAUGAAGGUCAGGCGUGGAGCCUGAGGUCUAAAGAAAGAGCUGUCCAAGAAAACCACACAAGAUGUGAGAUUGGAGCAGUGGGUUGGAGUAGAUCUGGUCUGAAGAAGAUCUGUGAGGUCAAGGGAACUCACAUCAAUCUUAGAAGAGGAGCAGAAGAACUUUAUCAGCUUGUGGGAAAGCUGAAAUACUUGUGGAAGGAGUUGGGUGUCUUGAGAACAAGGGCAUCAGACCCGGAGAUGAUACAAAAGAGGAUGGAGCAAGAUGUAGUCUUGAGUCUUCUAGUCAGUUUAAACUCAUCUUAUGGUCAGCUGAUUAUGCAAGUGAUCAAAGGUGAAGAGCAAGCAGAUGUGGAUGGGUUGUGUGAUCUGAUUCAAGCCGCUUAUGAGGUUCAUGAGAAGAACAAGAAGCGGAUCAAGAGGAGGAAUGGUAAAAAGUGUAAGAGGGCAAGCCUGAGGAGGUUGUCCAAGAUAUGGAUCCGAGGAAGAAAGACUAGGAUGAAGAGGAGACAACUUGAGGUGGAACUGAAAGUGAUCAAGGAGAUUCAGCAACUGAUGGUAGUGGGAGAAUGCUCCUACUCAGCAUACAUGGGAGAAACAUUCUUAUUAUCAUCAAUCUGUGGUUGUUCAAUCUUUUCAUCACUUGUUGAAUCUGAUCGGUUUGUUAGAAGAGUCGAAGCAUUUAGAAUCAAAUCUGAUCCGUGUUGCUCAAGUACUAUGGCGCAUGAAUCUGAGGAAGAUGAAGGAGUUAGUCUCGAACAUAAGGCCUUGCUUGAAGCCUUGACUUGCAGGAUGAACACAAUGAUGGAAACUAGAUUGGAACCUAGUCGUGCAUCAAGAAGGAACCGACGAGGCCAAGCUCGACAGGAACAUGCUGGCUCAGAGGAGACUGAUAAUGAAUAUGAAAGGGAUCGGCAUAGCUCAGUCUCUAGGCACAGCAGCCGCAGCAGCCGUAGACACAGACGAGAGCAUCGCCCACGCAAUGAACUGGCUGGUUUGAAACUGAAGAUACCUCCUUUCCAUGGCAAAGGUGAUCCAGAUGCUUAUCUUGAGUGGGAGAAGAAGAUUGAACUUGUCUUCAACUGUCAGCACUACACAGAGAUUAAAAAGAUUCAAGUUGCUGCCACUGAGUUCUAUGAUUAUGCUUUGAGCUGGUGGGAUCAGUUGGUCACAAACAGAAGGCGCAAUGGUGAGCUCCCAAUUGAGACAUGGGCAGAAAUGAAAGCUGUCAUGCGCAAGAGGUUUGUUCCAAGCCAUUACCAUCGUGAUCUUCAUCAGAAACUAAGAAAGCUCACCCAAGGGACACGGUCUGUAGAAGAAUAUUUCCAAGAGAUGGAGUUGCUGAUGUUGAGAGCUUGCAUAUCUGAAGAUAGAGAGGCUACUAUGGCUCGAUUCCUUGGAGGGCUUAACCGUGAGAUUCAAGACAGUGUAGAGUUGCAGCACUAUGUAGAGAUGGAAGAAAUGCUACACAAAGCUAUCCUUGUGGAGCAACAAGUAAAGAGAAAUGGGCACUCUCGGGGCAACUAUGGAACUAAGUAUCAAGGUGCUAAGGACGAUAAGCCAAUCCACCAGAAAGAGAGCAAACCAUAUCAGAAGGAAGAAGACAAAUCUACUAGUUCUUUCAGCAAGGAAAAAGGCAAAGUAGAUGCUUCUACUACGAGAUCAAGAGAUGUUAAGUGUUUUAAGUGUCAAGGAAGAGGACACUAUGCUAAUGAGUGCACCAACAAACGUGUGAUGAUCCUUCUUGAGAAUGAAGACUAUGAAUCUGCUGAUGAGGAGACAGAGGCAGAAGAAGAUCACAGCUCAGAAGAAGUAUAUGUUGCCAACCCGGUUACUGGAAGGUUGUUAGUUGCUAGAAGAACCUUGAGCCUUCAAAGCAAGACCGAGGAAAUGGAGCAAAGAGAGAAUCUCUUCUAUACUAGAUGUCUAGUGCAAGGAAAGGUCUGUAGUCUUAUUGUAGAUGGAGGCAGUUGUGUCAACGUUGCGAGUGAGACUAUGGUUAAAAAGUUGGGUUUGAAGGUCCAAAAGCAUCCUAAACCGUAUAGACUACAAUGGCUCAAUGAAGAGGGCGAGAUGAGAGUUUCUACUCAGUUUAUGGUUCCCUUAGCCAUUGGUAAAUAUGAAGAUGAGAUUCUAUGUGAUGUGUUGCCUAUGGAAGCUGGACACAUUCUCCUUGGAAGACCGUGGCAAUCAGAUAGACGUGUGAUACAUGAUGGGUAUGCCAACAAGCACACCUUUGAGUUUAAAGGGAGAAAGACAGUCCUUGUGCCUAUGACUCCUAAGGAAGUUCAGGCUGAUCAACUCCAACUACAAAAGAAGAAAGAGAUUGACCUUCCCGCUGAAUCAACAAAGCAACUAAACUUCUAUGCCAAGUCUGGUGAUGUUAAAAGAUCUCUCUGCUCUAACCUACCUAUUUUGUUGCUUAUCUAUAAGGAAUCACUCUUGACUACUACUGAUAUUGCACCGGAGUAUCCGAGUGAGCUUGUUUCUAUUUUACAGGAAUAUCAAGAUGUUUUUCCAGAAGAUAGUCCCAAUGGACUACCACCAGUGCGAGGGAUUGAGCACCAAAUCGACUUUGUGCCUGGUUCUACACUUCCCAAUAGGCCAGCAUACAGAACCAAUCCGGUUGAGACCAAAGAGCUACAAAGACAAGUGGAGGAACUGAUGGAGAAAGGGCAUAUCCGAGAGAGCAUGAGUCCAUGUGCUGUUCCAGUACUCCUUGUGCCCAAGAAAGAUGGAAGCUGGCGCAAGUGUGUUGAUUGUAGAGCAAUCAACAAUAUAACAGUGAAGUAUCGCCAUCCUAUUCCUAGAUUAGAUGAUAUGCUUGAUGAAUUACAUGGUUCUUGCAUCUUUUCUAAGAUAGAUUUAAAGAGUGGAUAUCAUCAGAUUAGGAUGAAAGAAGGAGAUGAGUGGAAAACUGCCUUUAAAACUAAGCAUGGGUUAUAUGAGUGGUUAGUUAUGCCUUUUGGAUUGACCAAUGCUCCGAGUACUUUCAUGAGACUGAUGAACCAUGUGCUUAGGUCUUUUAUAGGGUUGUUUGUGGUAGUUUACUUUGAUGAUAUCCUAAUCUACAGUCAGAGUCUAGAGGAGCAUAUAGAUCAUCUUAAGACUGUUCUUGAUGUGUUGAGGAAAGAAAAGCUUUAUGCUAAUCUUAAGAAAUGUACAUUCUGCACAGAUAACUUGGUCUUUUUAGGUUUUAUUGUGGGUGCAGAUGGGGUUAAAGUUGAUCCAGAGAAAGUAAGGGCUAUACAAGAGUGGCCAAUUCCUAAGACAGUGAGUGAAGUAAGGAGCUUCCAUGGACUUGCUGGCUUCUAUAGGCGUUUUGUGAAAGACUUCAGCACCAUAGCAUCUCCCUUGACUAAAGUAAUCAAGAAAGAAGUCGGAUUCAAGUGGGAAGAGGCACAAGAACUUGCUUUCCAAUGCCUUAAAGAGAAGCUUACUCAUGCCCCUCUUCUUAUACUUCCUGACUUUCAUAAAACUUUUGAAAUAGAAUGUGAUGCCUCAGGAAUUGGAAUUGGUGCUGUGUUGAUGCAGGAGAAGAGGCCCAUUGCAUACUUCAGUGAGAAGCUUGGAGGAGCUACCCUCAACUAUGCAACUUAUGACAAGGAGCUGUAUGCCUUGGUGAGAGCCUUGCAGACUUGGCAGCACUAUCUCUGGCCUAAAGAGUUUGUCAUACACACAGAUCAUGAGUCUCUCAAAUACCUCAAAGGACAAAACAAGCUCAGCAAGAGACACGCAAGGUGGGUUGAGUUCAUUGAGACGUUUCCUUAUGUCAUCAAGUAUAAACAAGAUAAGGAAAACAUAGUCGCUGAUGCACUAUCCAGAAGGUAUGUUCUCUUGAACACUCUUGAUGCUAAGCUGUUAGGAUUUGAGCAGAUUAAAAGUAUGUAUGAGAAUGAUCCUGAUUUUAAAGAUGCUUACAACUCUUGUGAGAAAUUUGCUGAAGGACAUUACUUUAGACAUGAUGGUUUUCUCUUUUAUGAUAAUCGAUUGUGUGUGCCUAACUGUUCUUUGAGAGACUUGUUUGUUAGGGAAUCUCAUGGAGGAAGUCUCAUGGGUCACUUUGGUAUUGCAAAGACUCUUAAAACUUUGCAGGAUCAUUUCUUUUGGCCUCGAAUGAAAAGAGCUGUGUGGGUAAAAGGUGAAGCUGCUAGUGUUCACUCAAGACAGUUACCUCAAGAGAAAGUUAUUGAAGUCUAA